AUGUUUUAUUAUAUUAGCUUUCUAACGUUUACCGUGCUGGCUACUGGUUUAUUGAAUACAGAAGAAUUAAAAUAUGAGUUGUGGAAUAUUGAUAGUUUACGUGAUUGCAAAUGUAAUUAUACCUUGGAUCUCAGACCAGUUUGUACAAAUCGUAAAACUUCUUACAAUGUAACUGAAAUGGCAAAUUGUAUAAAAAAAUGUUCGAAACAAAGUAAGUUGAAUAGAAUACACACCCGAGAUUGUCCUGAAAAAUUUGAUAAAUUUCCAAUCUUAGUCGAAAAAUGCAAUUGUACUUUAACCAAUGACUUUAGUCCAAUAUGUGGAAAUGAUGGAAUUUCAUACCCUAAUCCCGCUUAUUUUAAUUGCAUCGCAGAUUGUAGAAAACCAGAUCUAGAACCAAUACAAUGUGGUUCAUGCUCAAAAUUCGAUGUAACGAAAGCGUAUGGAAAUAUGCAAAUAAUGCCUGAAGAUCGAAAGAGUUUAUCUCAAGAAGUUUUGGACACUGCAGCUAAAUGUAACUGUGUAUCAAGUUAUGACUGGGAUCCUGUUUGUGGGAAUGAUGGAUUAACUUAUCCAAAUCCCUCAAUAAUGAAUUGCAUUAAAAAAUGCACAAGAAAAGAUCUUAAAAUUACAUCGUGCGGCAGAUGCUCAGCACUAGCAACUAUACCGCCGAUAUUAUCAAAAAAACAAGCAAUUUUCAGGCUAUCGGAGAACGUUAAAAAAUGCAUAGAAAAUUGUCCAGUGGCACUGCGCGUGAAUCCUGUGUGUGGUAGUGAUGGUUACACCUACAACAAUUUUUCAGAAAUGAAAUGUUAUAAUUCUUGCACGAAUAAAAAUAUAAGUAUCAAACAUUCCGGGCCCUGCAAACAAAAAUGCGAUUGUCGAGUAACUGAUGACAUUGACCCAGUUUGUGGAAAUAAUGAUGUGACUUAUGUAAACGGUGCCAGUUUAUUCUGCGCUAAAAAGUGUGAAAAGUUAGAUUUACGCGUGAUACACUGUGGUUCUUGCAUCAAAGACGCAAGUAAAAUAUUCAAAUUGUCAGGCUAUAUUUCUGAAAAACAUGGUUGCAUAAAUUCUGAAGAAUAUUCUGCAGUUUGCGCUAAUAAUAACGUUCUGUACAAUAAUCCAUCUAUUUUCUAUUGUAGUACGAGAUCUAGUAAUCCAGAUUUAUUUAUAAGACGUUGUGGUCUUUGUAAAAAAAAUUAUGAGGAAACAAGAGUAAAGAGUUUUGAACCUGAUCAAAAAGGCUUAAAAUCAUUAUCAAGUCAAUUUCUUAAAUGUGAUUGUGUGGCAACAUCAUCGCUUUAUCCAGUUUGCGGGAACAAUGGCGUUACUUAUCCGCACCCUUCUCACUUAUAUUGUAUUAAAGAUUGUAAACAUAGAGUCCGGGAUCUUCAAGGUUUACAAUUAGCUUAUUGUGGGCCAUGUAGAGAAGGAAUGCCGAAAAUUAAUUAUUCAGAUAAUCAAGUAGAAAUAUCUGCCGAGUUACUUCGUACUUUUGAAGCCUGUCAAUGUAAUAUUACCAGAGAAAAAAAUCCCGUUUGUGCAUCGAACAAAAUUACAUAUGAUAAUCCUUCCAUAUUUUAUUGUACGAAGAAAUGCUUAAACUACGACAUACAUAUUAGCUAUUGUGGUGUUUGCAAACAAACGGUAAAUUUAGAGGCUUCUAUAGAUGAAGAGGAAGAUCCGUAUAAAUGUCAGUGCACUGCCUUAAAAAGCUACGUACCAGUUUGCGGAAGCGAUGCAAACAGUUAUUCUAAUCUGCCAGUAUUGGAAUGCGCUCAAAAGUGCCUGAAUAACAGCAUAACAUUAGCAUACGCGGGUAUGUGUGAUGAUGAAAGAGAACCGAGGACUGGCCUAAUUAUUCGUGAAAAACGAUCCCCUCCAAUAUCAGUGGGAUUUUACCUGCCUUCAGAAUGUAAAAGUUGCAUUAAAACAUAUGACAGCUUUUCUCCAGUUUGUGGAACCGAUGGGCGAACUUAUUCCAGCCUUAUUAAAUUGGGAUGCAUUAAUAGGUGUAUGAAAACGAAUAUAAAAGUGGCACAUAGUGGAGCAUGCGCGGGUUCACCAGUUUUAACUCAUCCAACACACCUGGUUCCACCUUCAUCUAUUGGCAUUCUUCAGGGCUGUCGUUGUCUUAUAAAAAAAGAUGGUUCGAAGCCUUUUUGUGGGACCGAUGGAAAUACUUAUUUGAGUGCUUCACACGCAAGCUGCAUGAGUGUUUGCAAAGAUAAGAUUAUCGUAAAAGAUCACGAUGGACCAUGUUCCAAUAAUAAAAAGUGUCCUUGCUUGAUUACUGGCAAGAUCUCUCUGUUAUGUGGAUCUGAUGGAAAAACUUACGCAAACCUUGCAGCAUUGGAAUGUCAUAAUCGUUGUGGCAUUGCGAGCGUCGUUAAGGCAUAUAAUGGAGCAUGCAAAGGCGAUACAAGCAUAUCCAAAAAUAGGGACGAUAUAUUCACUCCCCGAUUGCACGACUUUUCCUAAUUUAUCCUAUACACGUUCAUACGUGCACAUAUUAUAAUAUAAUUUUUACACAACCUUCAACAUUUAUUUAUCUUUCUCUGUCGUUUUAUGCAAAUAUUUCUUAGCCAAUUAUACAUAACAACUACGAAUUACUAUACAAACUAAACAGUCGUUAAAAAGCUGGCGAAUUUUAAACUGACCUUCGUUUGGAAAUAUCUUUAUUCUAAAAUACGCUCUCGAAUGAGUAGAAUCGUCUAUCAAACUAUUAAAUAUUUUUUUUAUCAAGUGACUAGAUUUUAAGUCGACGAGAAAAAUGCGAAUCAAUAAUGAUAAAUUUUCAACGGCCAAAUCGAAGAUGGACGGUUUAAAUCCCCCGAGAUAAUAACUUACUCAAUUUUACUAGUCUAUAGAAAAAGAUGAAUGAAUUUCAAAUUACAAAGCUCAUGGAAACACAUUUACGUAGAUUCAGGUUUUGUGGAAAAUCCCAUUUUCUAAUUAGUAGGAUGAAUAUAGAUUCAGAUAUGUACUAGUAAGUAUAUGUUUAAAAGGGAAUCACCAAUGGUAUAAUGUUGAUAAAAUAAAUAAAUCUAGGUUGAAAAUUAAGCUUCUUUUUCUUUCUGAAUCGUUAAAUUUGAAAUCUGAAGUUUUUCAAAAAUGUAAUUCGUAACAUAUUUAUUUGCUUUUUAUUGUUGACUAGACUAUAAUAAUAUAUUACUUAAACGGCGGAAAUCAUUUAUCAGGAAAUUUACUUUUUUUAGAUCUUUGGGUAGCAUAUUUUGAUUUUUACAAUGAUCUGCAAACGAUAUGAAAUCGAAAGUGCUAUAAGUGCAAGUACAUAUCUGUAAAUCUACUUUAAUAAAUUAUGAUUUCCUAGAAUAUUUAACAAUAUAAAAAUUGUAAAAUUUAAUAUAUUAUUAAAGUUGAGAUUCCAACAAAAUGAAUUAUAACACAAAUAAAUAAAGACGUAAUUUGUAAAUAUGACCUUCAUAUAUAUAUAUAUACCUCAAUAAUCUUAUCUAAAUUAGUUGUUGAUA